AUGUCAGCCCCUGCCGCAUCCGCGACAACCACUGCGGCCCCUGUGCCUUCUCAGAGUGCUGCUUUGGAGCAACAGCGUAAGCAACUCUCCGCUGCUGAUGUCCUCAGCAAGGCCACCGCGGCCGCCUUCCGUGGUGGCAUUGCUGGUGCCUCUGCCCAGGUCGUUAACGUGUUCGCCCUCAUGUGGAUGC